AUGAAGGUUAUUAAGGAGGAAAUUGACGGUAGUGUCAAGAUUGAAGACGAGGCUUCGAACUUCCCAGACGGAAUUGAAGACGAGCAUAUCGUAAUUCAUGAGAGCGGAAAGGUGCGUGUUCGUUUGGUCGAUGAUGAGGAUUUGGCUAGCGUAACCUGGACUCAAAGAUUCAUGAUGGACCUCCCAAUUAUAGUGGAUACAUGUAAGUAUUAUGAUUUUUUUUCGCGAGUUUUACGCAACGGAAUCAACCUUGGCGUUUAUACAGCACAACAACCAUUCUCGUCGUGGAUGUUUCCUAAGAUUAAGGUAUUGUUAUGUAUCAACUGA